AUGGUGUGCGACUUCUUCUUUCCGCAGCCAGGAGGAAUCGAGAGUCACAUCUACCAGCUUUCCUCGAAACUCAUAGACCGCGGUCACAAGGUCAUCGUCAUCACCCACGCUUACGAAGGCCGCACCGGCGUGCGCUACCUCACGAACGGCCUUAAGGUCUACCAUGUGCCUUUCCUCGUCAUCUUCCGCCAGGCCACGUUCCCCACCGUCUUCUCAUUCUUCCCGAUCUUCCGCAAUAUCGUCAUUCGCGAGAGGAUUGAGAUCGUCCACGGCCAUGCCAGCUUGAGCAGCCUCUGCCACGAGGCCAUCCUCCAUGGCAGGACCAUGGGACUGCGGACCCUCUUCACAGAUCACUCACUCUUUGGGUUUGCAGAUGCCACGAGCAUCCUAACGAAUAAACUUCUCAAGUUUACCCUCAGCGACGUCGACCAUGUCAUUUGCGUCAGCCAUACCUGGAGAACACUGUUCUGCGAGCAUCCCUCGACCCGCUCAUGGUCUCCGUCAUCCCGAACGCCGUCGUCGCCGAGAACUUCCGCCCCCAAAAACUACCCCGCCAACCCGUCGGGCGUCGCCAACUUCGUCCACAACCCGCCGCCCGCCCAGCCCCUCGGCCCCAACGACACAAUCACCAUCGUCGUCAUCUCCCGCCUCUUCUACAACAAGGGCACCGAUCUGCUGACGGCGGCCAUCCCACCCAUCCUCUACAACAACCCGAACACGCGCUUCGUCAUUGCCGGCUCGGGUCCCAAGGCCAUCGACCUCGAGCAGAUGAUCGAGCAGAACGUGCUCCAGGACCGCGUCGAGAUGCUCGGCCCCGUGCGCCACGAGGAGGUCCGCGACGUCAUGGUCCGCGGCCACAUCUACCUGCACCCGUCCCUGACCGAGGCCUUUGGCACCGUCAUUGUCGAGGCCGCGUCGUGCGGCCUCUACGUCGUCUGCACCCAGGUCGGCGGCAUCCCCGAGGUCCUGCCCUCGCACAUGACCGUCUUUGCGCGCCCCGAGGAGGACGACCUCGUCGCCGCCACGGGCAAGGCCAUCGCGGCGCUGCGCGCCAACAAGGUCCGCACCGAGCGCUUCCACGAGCAGGUCAAGAAGAUGUACUCGUGGACCAACGUCGCCGAGCGCACCGAGCGCGUCUACCGCAGCCUCUACGAGGACGAGGACGACGACGUCGGCGGCGGGGAGCAGGCCGUGGACGACGACGAGUACGACGAGCACGACGGCGCCCCGUCGCCGCGCUACGGCGUCGCGCGCCCCGGCGAGAGGAGCUUCGCGCUGAUUGACCGCCUCAAGCGGUACUAUGGCUGCGGCAUCUGGGCCGGCAAGCUGUUCUGCCUGUGCGUCAUCAUCGACUACCUCAUCUACCUGUUUCUCGAGAUGUGGUUCCCCCGCGAAGACAUCGACAUUUGCCGCGACUGGCCGCGGGAAGAGGAUCCCCCGAAGAUGACGACGAAGACGAGAGGCGGAAACACGGCAGGUGGAACAAAUAGACGCCGACGGAUAGACGGGCGGCUUUCUGGCAUGAGACUUGUAGACGAGCAUGGCGUUCCGGGUUCAGUUGGGUUACAUAAGCGUCCUGCUCUCAAGAAGAGAGCAUGGAAAGCAGCAGCAGCGUCACAGAGUUUUUUUCUUUUGCUUCAUCCAGCACAGAAUAUAAGAUAUACUGCUGCUUUGACCGUGCCUCCGACUCGUCUCGGUAUAUACACAUUCUCUAGACUUCUCGUACUGCGCGGCCUCUAUCCGCAGCCGCCAGCAGAGAAGCUUCAUCCCCGCAAGGAUGCUCGCUACUCGGAAUCCACGCCUCAGCCUUCCAACCCUCUUUGUCUCCACACCCACCAAGAUGACUACCCCCGGGGCCAUAUCUCGACUCGCAGAACUGUCGUGUUUGAUGCAUCUAGGUUUGUCGAGGUCUAA